AUGUGGCGACUACUUGGCCGGUCAUCCAACACUUCCGAGAAAAGCUCUCCGCCUCGGAGCCUUCCGGGGUCAUGGUAUCGCUCCGAUGCCAUGUAUCAGCUGGAGCGACGAGCCAUCUUCUCCAAGCGUUGGAUGCUACUCACACAUUCUAGCCGACUAACCAAACCCGGCGACUUCCUUUCCUUUACCAUCUCCAAUUUCUCCUUCUUUCUAACUCGGGACCGCGAAGGUAGCAUCAAUGGAUUUCACAACAUUUGUCGACAUCGCGCAUACCCAGUUGUCCAAGCUCGGUCUGGGGCCACCUCGAUCCUCAGCUGCAAAUAUCAUGGCUGGUCCUACGGACUGAAGGGCAACCUAUCGAAGGCACCUCGCUUCGAGACUGUAUCAAACUUCGACAAAAGUCAGCACGGACUCCUCCCAAUCCAUGUACAUAUUGAUAAAGCGGGCUUCGUCUGGGUGAAUCUAGAAGCCGGGGACCCGGAGGUCAAGUGGGAGGAUGACUUCCAAAAGAUCGAUGAGCAGCCGCGGAUGCAAGACUUUGACUUUGACGGGGAAUACACUUUUGACCAUUAUUGGGAGAUGGACGUGGAGGCGAACUGGAAGCUUCUGAUUGAGAACUACAAUGAAUGUUAUCACUGCGCGACCUCACAUCCACUGAUCAAUGGAGUGUCGGAUCUCCCUCGGUACCGGGUCGAGCCCAAGGCGAGGUACAUGGAGCAUCAUAUCUUCAACAAGGACAAUAUUGAUGCGCAGUUCCGACGAUCAAUCACGUACUUUUACCCGACGACGUCGGUCACAGUCACGGACAAAUUCUUCUAUAUUCAACGCAUGAUCCCAGUUAGCGCGACAAUGAGCAAGAUCGAAAACGAAGUAUAUCGACACAGAGAUGCCACCGACGAGGAAUUCGCCAAUAUCAACGCGUUUUACCGACAGGUCUUAGACGAAGAUCGGGACCUCUGUGUUGGAGCGCAAGAAAAUCUGAGCGCGGGGGUGUUCAUCAACGGCGAACUCCACCCGGACAAGGAAAAGGGACCCAUCCAUUUUCAAGACCAUGUCAAGACAAUGGUCAUGGAGCACCGGCGAAAAGAAGAGGAGCAAGGCGGGGAAGAAAUCUGGCCAGCUGUUCCCAAAGUGACUGGGGAGAUGAGGACAGGGAAGCUGGCAGAGGAGGAGAGGUUCUGUUCUCAGCUGGAAGCGGCCAGUUGCAUGGCCCGAUCAGAGCUUGCUUGGUAA